AUGCUGGGCUGGGUGGCAGGGAGCCUAGCUCCGUUGGGCCUGCUACUGGUCUGUCUUCAUGUCCCAGGACUCUGCGCCCGGAGCAUCAGCCCCAUGGAGGAAAAAGUCUCACACAGCCUAGGGACCAACUUGCCUCUGCUGGGACAACCACCCUUGACUGGCGCCUCCAACUCUGGACACCCUCAGUUCCCUGGAGCUGAGCCUGCAUCCCAUGACAUGGCGAGCUUCCUUGUGGCAGGAGGUUCUGGGGUGCAGAAGUGGCCCCCAUCCUGGGAGCUGCAGUCAUGGCCGCCGGAGGACCCCUGGCAGAUGAUGGCUGCUGCGGCUGAGGACGAGGAGGGGCAGGAGCUGCCCGAAGCACUGUCCUCCAUGUCCAGUGCUGGCAUGUUGCCCCUGCAGGCCGCUGCACACUCCCUGCUGGGACAGGACCUUGAGCCCGGGCGGCUACCCUUCCUGAGUUGGCUGGGAGCCCAGAGAGAAGGCCUUGCCCAACGCCCCUUCUGGUCCCUCAUCCACAAGCUUCUGGGAGGCCACUCCUGGGGAGCCUUGAAUCCUGCUGUGUCUUGGGGAAUUGGAGGUCUCGGGACUGGGUGGGGAACAAGGCCUGUGUCACAUCCUGCGGGAACCUGGGGUAUCAAUAAUCAAUUCCCAGGCAGCAGCUGGGGAAACACCAAUCCAUACCCAAGCACCAUCUGGGAGAAUAUCAAUCGGUACCCAGGAAGCAUCUGGGGGAAGAUCAACCGGUACCCAGGUAGCAUCUGGGGGAACAAUAAUCGGUACCCAGGUUCUCGAGGCUCAGGCAGCCGUCGUUCAUCCCUGUUCAUUGGUAAGUUCGUGUCUAUCCAUUCCUACUAG